AUGCCUCCCAAAGCCGCUGAGAAGAAGCCCAGCACCGGUGGCAAGGCCCCCGCUGGCGGCAAGGCCCCCGCUGAGAAGAAGGAAGCCGGCAAGAAGACCGCCGCCGCUGCCUCUGGCGAGAAGAAGAAGCGUGGAAAGACCAGAAAGGAGACCUACUCUUCCUACAUCUACAAGGUGCUCAAGCAGGUUCACCCCGAUACUGGUAUCUCCACUCGCGCCAUGUCCAUCUUGAACUCCUUCGUCAACGACAUCUUCGAGCGUGUGGCUACCGAGGCCUCCAAGCUGGCUGCUUACAACAAGAAAUCCACCAUCUCGUCAAGGGAGAUCCAGACCUCUGUGAGGCUCAUUCUGCCCGGUGAACUGGCCAAGCACGCCGUCUCGGAGGGCACGAAGGCCGUGACGAAGUACUCUUCUUCUGCCAAAUAA